GAGAGAGAGAGAGAGAGAGAGAGAGAGAGAGAGAGAGAGGAGAGACAUACUGGAUAAAGGCUACGACAAAAACCAUGAUGAUAAUGGAGUCGAGGCGGUGGAGGAUGUCGGAUUUACGAGAAAGGACUGUUGAAAUUUGACAGAGGGCUCGUGUUGAAAACCCGUUCUCGGUUUAUUUUUUUCUUUCAUUCUGUUUGAUUUCCACAUGCUGCGUGGACACUGAAGGCGAGCAGAGGAAAGGGGAGCACCCCACGGAUGCCUCGGAAGGUAAAAACGGGGUCCACCGCUGGCGCUUACAGGCAACAAGACGCAUCUCAUCUCACGGAUGGUAAUAAAGGACAUCCUGAAGAUAGCUCUGGACUGAUGGAUGAGGAUGAAACACAGCUUUAACCCCCCCUCCACCCGACCACUGUGAAAUAAAGAAAAUCCUGUUUUGAUGGAUUUUUUUAAUCAUUCAUGGUGUAGCCCCAAGGAAACGAGCCUUAGACAGCAAUGUUGAAUCACUGGUCUUGGUAAAUUAUUCAUUAGUGGUGUAGGUAGGCUAUGAUUUUGUAUUGCUUUAAUGUAGCAUUUCCCCUCAUUCAUUUUUACAAUGUUUAGUCUUGUGAAACCAUACAUAUAUUUGCAGGUUACAUUUUUAUCGUGUGGUUAUGUAGGCCCAUUUAAUAGCCUUUAACAGCCACAUAAGAAAGAGUCAAAGCAGGAGCGCAGGAAAGCUUUCAUAUCAAGGAAAAAAUAAAAAUAUCUGUGUAGUGAGGGGUUGUCGAGCUGUCUGGGCUUUUAUAAAGAUUUACAUAUUUUCUUGUAAGAGUCUAAAGAGGGGGAGGACGGGGGUGGAAAGAGAGAUAUAAGGAGAAAAAAAAACGACCAAACAUGUUGCCUUCCCAAGAAGCCUCCAAGAUCUACCAUGACAAUUAUAUGCGCAACUCCCGAGCCAUCGGGGUGCUGUGGGCCAUCUUCACCAUCUGCUUCGCCAUCGUCAACGUGGUGGUGUUCAUCCAGCCCUACUGGAUCGGCGACAGCGUCAACACGCCGCAGGCCGGCUACUUCGGCCUCUUCCACUACUGCGUGGGCAGCGGGCCGUCGCCCAGCCGGGAGCUCACCUGCGUGGGCAGCUUCUCCGACUUCAGCUCCAUCCCGUCCGGAGCCUUCAAGGCGGCCUCGGUGUUCGUGCUGCUGUCCAUGGUGCUGAUCCUCAGCUGCAUCGCCUGCAUGGCGCUCUUCUUCUUCUGCAACACCUCCACCGUUUACAAGACCUGCGCCUGGAUGCAGCUGCUGUGCGGAGUGUGCCUGGUGCUGGGUUGCAUGAUCUUCCCCGACGGAUGGGACGCCGAGGUGAUCCGGGACAUGUGCGGGGAGCAGACGGGGAAAUAUUCCCUGGGUGAUUGCUCUGUACGCUGGGCCUAUAUGCUGGCCAUCAUGGGCAUCCUGGACGCCCUCAUCCUCUCCUUCCUGGCCUUCGUCCUGGGCAACCGGCAGACAGAUUUCUACCUUGAUGAUUUGCAGACAGACAACAAAGAUUUUGCUGUGUCAAGGAUUGAGGUGCGGGACAGAAGAGAGCCAAGGUACGGAGUGCAGCGUCUUCACUGAGGGCAACAAUGGCACUGGACAACUUCUCUCCUCUUCUCUUCUCUGUCUGUUUCCUUUCCUCUCCUCUCUUCUCCCCCUCUGCUCUCUUCUUCUCUUCUCUCCAAUGAUCAGGAUAUCAUCCAAUCUUAAUGCAGACACCAAGUGUACAGGAUUCUGUAAGAUAAAAAAAAAACAACAAAACACACUGGGAUAAACUAUAUUUUGAAAAAAAAAAAGUAUACAAGGUUGUACAGUGCAUUUAACACUCGACUUUCUCAACGAAUACCUUUAUGAUGAAAAAAAAAGAUUUACUGUAUUUAAAGUCUUGAUUUGUGUGUGAAACUCAAUCCUUAAGAUGAAGAACCAUAAAUUCCAUCUAUGAUUUCACGAUGAUUUAUUUCAAACCUUGCUAUUUAAUGACUUUGAGUUUGUGUGUUGUGUGCAUUCAUAGCUUCGGAAAGCAGAUUAUCGAUACUCCUGGUACAAUGACAGAGUCGAGACUCGCAAUACAGCAGCAAGUCCAUUAUUAAACAUUCAGAACACUUCAACACUGACUUACAGUAUAUGGCUCUUCAUCUAAGGACUUUCAAAAGUGAGGAGUUUUAAAGGAGUACCCCAUUGCAGCUUUACAGAACCUAACAUCUCUGGGAGAUUCUCUACUGUACAUACUUAACAAUGUAAAUAACAUUACUGCUGACAAAAACAGCCGACAACAAAACCUCAUCUGACUCUAAUGCAUUUGAGUAUAGUAUUUCUACCCUUGGUUUCAGUGUUCCUUGUGCCAGAAGAGCAUCGGAGUAUGUGCAAAUCCAUCGUGUUUAUAUGACUCCUCACUACUGAUUUGGUGGGAUUACACAGAUGGGAAUAAAACUGAUAUCUUAGCUGGAUAUUCCACAGAAAAGCAGGGGACUGUGAAUCCAACUGAUUGUCUAUUACAGUUUUUUGACACAGAAAAAAACAGACGCCUCCCCUGCUUCAACGCGGCCUCAAAACAAGCCUUUUACUGUAGUAUCUCACCCUAUAAUAUAUAGUGAAAGGUUUAAUUGCUGAACUGAAUUGCAGCUGUCCAAGUCAGACUUAGAAAUCACUUCUUUUUUUUUCGUCUGAGUUCUCUCCUUUGUAACACCUUUUCACCAGUGUGCAGUUUACUCCAGUUUGUGGUUCCAGCAUACAGUGAUCAGUUUACUCUACAGAUGUCUUAAGACUGUGUGAAUAUGGCUGUAUGAGUCGGCCUUCUCUCAGAGGGAAGCCCCAAGUGCUGCAUUGUCUUAAGGUGAUGUCACUUAUUUGCCUCUUUGAAUAAGCAACACUGCUUGUAGUAGUCAUAGGAAUCAUAAGUGGAACAAAAUCACAUCAAAUAACCCCCAAAGUGAAGACAAAAGUCCUUAAAGAGUACUAAAUUGCCUCAAAAUGCUGCCUCUGUAACAUGAGUAUUAGUCAGCAGCAUAUACUGUGACUUGGUGUCCCACCAUUUAAUCCUUGAAACCAUGUAAAAUGUUUUAUGUCAGCACAGGCAGGGCCGUAGCCAGGAUUUUAGAAAUACUAGUCCUCCAAAAGCACCGCCACAUCCCCCUGAUAAAGUAGCUUAAAAGUAGCCAAAUUAAACUACAGUAUAUUGGGUCUCAUGCAAGAACAAUUUAACAAGUUUGUUAGAAGUUUGUCAUAUGAGCGUUCCACAUCGGAUUCAGCAAACUAAAUUUCAACCUGAUGAGCGUCACCUGUUCAUAUGGAGGUGCAUGCUUGCAACACAUUCUCACUGCGACCUCGUUACUUAUUGACGUGCUUGGUCGUGGACUUUCCACGUCCAUGUACGCCGUGCAAGGUACCCUGGGUGCGUUGGUUGUUGACAUUCUGUGACACCGUGUCGAGUUCUCUUCUUUCAAGAUACACUUCCGUUUUCACAGGAAAUUUAACAUUUACAUACAGUCUACAUAAAGUUUAGGCAACAAAAGCACAUGGUUGGGUUUAGGCAGGAGGUUUAGGAAAAAAGAACAGGGUUUGACUUUAGUAUUAAAUGGGACGCGAACACCACUCUCUCGGGUGAAAGUCAGUGUUUGUUAGACCCAUGAAAUUAAUACAAGUUGAUCGUUCUUGUAUUUAUAUAUAUAUAAAAAAAGAAAAAAGAAAAAUCAAUUUCCCGAACAGCCUCAGAACUGAGCUUCACAUUAUUUUUGAUCACAAGAGUAAUUUUAGGAUUUUCCUUCAUCACAAAUACUGAUAUUGGCAUAUAUACUCAGAUGAUACUCCAUUUCGGAUUUUGGUUUCAUCAGAGAACUCAACCCUAUCAAAAAUGUUACCAAAGAAUAAAAAGAUUUCAGAAUGUGAGAAUGGUUUGGCAUAAGUUAGCUGUGAAAAUAACAGCUUGCUAAAGAAAAGCAGUCACUGACUUGGAGGGAGGCAAUCAAGGCAAUGUGACAAGAGAUUUUAUAAGAACAUUAUUAUAUAAUAGAAGAUGUUACAACGAUGUGUGCAACAGAGGAUGCUCCUCUGGACGUGGACCUUCGUAAAAGACCUUGUGGCAGCUAACAGAGUGAGCUACUACAGAACUGUAGAAGGUGCCAUGUAAAGAUGUGUCAAAGAAUCAUAAAUCAAGAAAAAACAAAAAAGAAGAUAUAAAGUUGUCCAUCCUCUCAUUAAACUGGCGAGCUAAACAGAAUAUUUAUUUUACUUUCAGCUGAUUUCGGUAAUAUAUUUGAACUUGAAAUUCAUUCAUUUUUACCUCCCUGUGAGGAAACGUAGGGUAGCCUAACUGUUCAUGACUGGUACAACAGGUCCAAACCAUAGACUGUCUAAAAUAGUUUGUGGACUCCUGUUUUGAAGGCUCGAGUUUGGCAUUUUGGUCGUCUCCAUGUUGUUUUGGAGACAGAAGUAACCAUAUUUGGACUAGAGGAUGGCGAUAACCCUAAUGCUAGCUGCUAGCUAAGUUAGCACUUACAGCUAUGGCUAUUUACAUCUAUGGAUAACUGUGAUAAUACUAAUACUAAUGCAAAUGCUUAUUUUUCCCGGUGAAAAACAAGCUUAAACUUUAAAAAAUAAAACGUGUUUACAGGAAAAACAUAAUAUCCAACUCCUUCGAGAACCUUUAAGUAACCGAACGCUGAACAAUUUUUUUAAGGCAACCGAAAUGUUACAAUUUUUUUUCAUGAACUGAGAACACUCUGAAGUAGUACCAGCUACCUUAAGCCUUUACUCUGUGAAUCUCGGGUUAUGCCAUGGUCACAUUACUUGAGAAACGUUGUUGCCACAGAGGCAAGUUGUCAACGGAUGGCACCCACCUGUCACUCAAAGUGGCCAUGCCCUUAAUUAUCUGAAGCUUUAAGCCUUAAUAACAUUUAAUGGGUGAGUUAUAUGAAAGUACAACCCCUGCAGUUGUUCUGAAUGGGGAAAUAAGCUAUAACUCUUUAUCUGUACCAGGUUGUAAACAUGUUUAUUUCUGCUGUAAAGUUGGGCAUUUUUACAUGGGGGUCUAUGGGGAUUGACUCACUCUUGGUGCCAGCCCCAAGUGGCCAUUAGAGGAACUGCAGUUUUUGAUUUUGAUUGAUGAUUCUUGCAUGAGGCCCACUAAGUCUAUUAAUACUGGAAUCAACUUAUAAAAUAACCACCAUGCAUUACAGUAAUAAAAUAAUAACACAAAAUAAUGUCAGAGUAUAUAUAUAUAUAUAUAUAUAUAUAAAGACGAGUAUUUUUUUAUGUAGCAUUGUGACAUGACACUGAUACCAACCAGAUCAUUGUUGCUCCAACAACAAUGUACCUUGAUGUAGCACUCCAGACAAAGCCACCAGUGUCAUUGGUUGUGAUCAAAACGUCUGUGGCAUUAAUUAUUUGCUGACACAUUUGACACAGAUAUCACUGCUACACCAGCAACGUAAAAGUUGUAAUUUGUACAAGACGUUCCAAACAAGACAACCCAGAAGUGAUUGGCUUGACACACCUAAUAGGACAACUCAUGUGAUUACCAGGGAGAUACUGUGGUGUUGUGUUUCCUGGUUUAAAUCAUUCGAUCAUGUGCUACUUUGAACAAAAAAAUUGGCACCUGCUCCAUAAAUAUGAAAAUACCUGCAAAGGCAUUCUGUACUCGGUUUAAUGGCGCUGCCAGAAUGAGGUCUGUGACUCACCAUUCUACCCAUGAGCACAGUUACGGCCUCUGUAGGCUGUAGCCACCUGAUAUGUCUGCAUCAGUGACACUGAUUGUCACGAUAUCAGUAAGAUUCUAACGUGACAAGCUGCGGUUGCACAUUACUGUGGUGUAGGCUGCUGUAAUCCAGGGCACCAUGGGGCUCUUAUCCCUCUCAGAGCAGCACUUCAGGCAGACAUACUGUAACUGAACCUGGGUCGAGACAUCAUGAGAAUGAAAUUAGUUGUGUAAUAAAAGCACACACUUAAUUGUUUUCAUAUGAGAAAUUGGCAUGCUUUGCCCAGUUGCUGGGGGAUGGGAGGGGGGCGCACACGAUCAUACUAUAAACCCUGAGAAGUAAUUGAAUCCAUUUCACCGAGCAAUUCAACCACACAAGGUGAUCUGUGAGACAGCUGCAGUUUAUCUAACGGGCAACGUCACAAUGGAAAAACAACUGAUUUUACUACAUUAUAUUUAGGUGUAAUCCAUGUUACAUUUUGUUAGGGAUGCACUUUUAACACAAGUAUUCAUCCUAAAAUAUCAGACAACACUUUUACAAAACAAUAAAGCUGUUACAACAUCGUGAGAAUUUGACUUUACACGUAAAACACAUGUGUUAUGGGUUAAUAUACAGUAAGGUAUCUCAUUUCCGCCAGAUAUUGGCUCAGUAGGGUAUUGGUUAUCGGUGCAUCCCUACUCUGUAUACAUAUAAUGAGCAGAUAGCUAGAUGUGUAGUGUGUUUUUCAGAACGGUAGCUAGCUAACUCUCAGGAAGCUGUACACAGUACUGUAUUAAAGGCUCAUUAAUGGAAAUGAUCAACAAACACAAACAAGUCGGGCUAAAGCAUUUUUAGUGGAUGCUCUUGUGAUAUGGUCAUCGGCUAAAUGACGCAUUACCCUGCAGCGCCCCUUGUUAGUAAAGUUUCAGUUUUAAACAUUUUGGUACAGUAGUACUAGUACUCUGGUUUUCCAAGCUGGGCCUUUAAGACAAUAUGAAAACAGCCCUUAUGCUGAAUCUAAUGAUGCUGUCCAUGCAGGUCUCUGCACAGACCUUAGCCUACAUCUAUCAACCAUCUUAGGGUAGGAGUGGUGGGCCCUCAUUCAAGAAAAGUUUCUUUCACUUUAACCUUGAAUUAACCGUGCAAGCAUUUGAAAAAAAAAAAGAAAAAAAAGAAACAAUUGAAACGGUAUCUACAGACCUCAUCCAUUUGGUAUUGCAAGAAAUAUGUUUUGAUAUGUACAUGAUCAUUUGAGAAAAUCAGUGCACUUGCUGAGAUAUCAGCAUGGUGAUUUUUUUAUAUCUAAUGGUAUAAAUGGCGGUAAUGUCUCUCAUAUAGUAUGUAUUGUGAUUUAGACAUCUAUAGCGUGCAUCUCUCAUUUGGGAAUUCUUUUACGGGCCCAGGACAUAUUUUACGACAAAUCUACGAGAAAAAAAAGGAAAUAACAAAGAAAACAAGCCCUGAGGCCUAAAGAGGUCACGUCAGGCUUCCAAGCAUCAUUACCUGUGUGAUCAUUGGUCUGGUCUCCUCUCCGGGUACUCCGUUCCGGAGGACUUGACGAUGAACUGAAAAAUACCUUAACAAGGAACUGACAAUACCUUAACCCUGAUGAGCACAUAUUUGUACCACUCCAGGUGCCUCUAAGAACUCUUGAUUUAAUUCAGAUGUGGUGCAGAACCAGCAAAACAAGUAGUGACACUGUAGUUUUUUUCUACUAAAGACUACAUACUGGGACUGAGCUCUGAAGCUAGAUGGGUUUUACUGCGGAUUUGAGGUCAAUUCAGUUUCAAGUCGGAACAAUCCAAACUAAAAUAAUUAAGAAUAUUUUUUUUCCCAGUUAUUUAACUUGAUUCUGGGAAACAUUUUUAUAUGUAGAAAUAAAUAAAAAAACAGCACUUAAUUUUCCUUUACUUUCAGUUUGAUUGGACUCCAAAGCUGAAUUCACCUCAAUGUUGAAUCAUAUAAAGACGUGAAAAAGAAUGAAAGCUAAUAAAAAGGACACAGAGUCGAUGAGAAGUCAUUUCCAAUCUCUAGCAGCAAACAAAGUGUUUGUUGACUAUGUAUAUGUCAUUGACAUGUCAAUGAUUUCAUCAUGGUUUUUAUCAUGCAAUAUCAUGUAUAAAGACAUAAUGUUGGGGGUGGGACGGGUCGGGGGCAAAGACGAAUACUGUCCAGUGACUUAUGUUAUGAUAAUAGUUGACUUUCUGUUAACUCCUGAAAUGCAGAUGUUGCCAAAAUACCAUCGACUAUCAUGUUUUAACAUGAAAAAAAAGGAAUCUGUUUUUGUUUUGUAUAACAAAAGAAUGAUAUACUGAUAUUUGUCAAGUACUUCUGAUGAGAUCUUUGUUUUAUGUGUUAACUACAGAAUCUUUCCUUUCUGUUAUGGUUUACUUUCUAUGUAUUUUUUGGUAUGAUGUAUGAUGAUUGUUGUUCUGUCACAUCCGACUUAACAUCUCAGAUUCAAUUUUGACUCACUAAUGGAUGACUGCUUGUUGAAAUGUCAACACCCAAAAAUGUAUAAAAGUCUAUUUAUAAAGUUGCUUGAUCGUGGACAAGUGGACAGAGUCUGAAAGAGGCUUGUUGCUUUUCAUGAAUUAUGAUGACAUGCUGAUUUUGAUUUUGAAAAUUAUAAUGUCUAAUUAAUUCCUAUUUGUGAAUAGUAUUCAAACUCACCAUGAUGACAAUUUCUGUUAUUGAAACACAUUUUGAGAAGGUCGA